CCCUCUUGUUGUGAAAGGCAGCCUGGCGAUUGCCGCGAGCCCACGUCCAUCAUCGUAUGCUAGGCCUCAACGACCACAAUCUCGAGCAAAUCUCUGGGCCGCCUUUAGCCUCGGCAUCAACCCCGUCCUCGCGGUAACCACUACUCCGGAAUGACACAACACACCGGAACAACACAGUGGACAUGGCGACGGAAAACACACCAAGCAACACAGGCGACCUCGGCAGGUUGUCCAGACUAUCGGCAUCAACAGAUUUCGGUCCGCAGAUCAACUUUACCCUCUGGCUGCUGACAGCGCUCUCCGCCACCUUUCUCACACUACGAGUGUGGUGCAAGUCCCUGCGGCACCGCGGCCUCUGGUGGGAUGACCACCUUCUCAUUGCGGCAUGGCUAUGUCUCGUGGUGGAUUGCUCCUUGAUCUCGGCCUGUAUCAACCUUGGCUUUGGCCGCCCGCUCACCCAGUUCAAAGCGGGCAACCUCGCCCCCUUUUUGCUCUAUUCCAACCUGGCCGGCACUUUUUCCAUCCUCGCGGCGCUGUGGAGCAAGACGUCGUUCGCCGUCACGGUGCUGCGCAUCUCGUCAGGCUGGGUCAAAGCCUCGGUAUGGUUCAUCAUCGUCACCGUCAACGCCUGUCUGGGGGUCGCCAUUGUCAUCACAUGGGCGCAGUGCACGCCCGUUGAGAAAGUGUGGAGGCCGGGCCUGGACGGGGAGUGCUGGCCCAAGAGCAUCCAGGUCAAGUACAACAUUUUCACAGCCGUCUACUCCGGCGCCAUGGAUAUGGUCCUGGCUGUGGUGCCCUGGAAGAUCAUCUGGGGCAUGACCAUGAACCGCAAGGAAAAGAUUGGCGUGAUGGUGGCCAUGAGCAUGGGUGUCUUCGCCGGCAUAACCUCGAUAAUAAAAAUAACUCAGCUUCCUUCCAUCUCCAACGCCACUUUCACCGAGUCCACGACCCAGCUCGUCAUCCUGGCCGCUGCUGAAUCUGCUAUCACCAUCAUCGCCGCCUCCAUACCCAUCCUGCGCGCCCUCAUCCGCGACUCGCGCCCGCCUCACGGACCGGCCCAGUUCUACCACACCCUGGACUUCAGCGUCUGCACUGGCACGCACGGCUCGCAUGGGACGGGGAGCAACAGCGUCGUCAUUACCGGCAGUGGUGCACAUGGCAGAUCUGGGAGUCGGCAUGGCAGGAGUACAAGUCGCAGUCAGAGUCGUGUUCACAGCCAAACCCACAGCCGAAGCGCCUCGAGCACAAGCGCCGAGUCAUGGAAAAAGAGCAUGCACUCCCGCUCCCACUCACAUGCACAUUCCCAUUCGCGAACGGGCAAUUCCAUUGGUGGACUCAGCCUACUCAGCGGCCUAAGCGUGACAGUGCUCGGAGGGGCCGGACGAAGGGGUGUCGACGAGACGGGCCAGCAUGGACGGAGUGGGAGUGGCGCUGCUGCCAUCAUCACAACUACCACUGCCAGCGGGAGGGAGCGUCCGACCGGGGACAUGCCGGUGCCGACGCCACCGCCGGGAAGGAUCCUCGCGACUGAAGAGGUCGUUGUCGAGUUUAAGCAGGCUGAGCCCUUCCAUGAGUGGCAAGGGAAGGGGUAGGGCCCUGGUGUUGGGCAGACUGUGCAAUUCUAAUUUGGGCUGCAUUGUUGAUAUUAUUUCCUCGGCGUUUUAGUGAGUGGACGAGUAGACCGUCGUAAGGGCCGAUGGGAAUGCUGCAAAGGGUCGUGACAUGCAAGUGCGGUCUGGCUCUGAAGCGAGUGCC